AUGAGCAUCGAUUUCUCAAACCUAAAGCUGGAGAGGGGCUCAACGCCCGACUCUAUACAAGACAAAUGCUUUCAAUUAUGUCGCGACUAUUUGGGAGGCGUUUGGCUUAAUGUCACUAUCCAUGACAUCGAAGUGACGCGACUGAGCGGUGGUCUCACUAAUCAGUUAUACUAUUGUGCAGUCAAUGAAGACAAACGAACCAACGAUGACAGCAAUGUGCCACAAGAAGUGGCCAUUCGCUUGUAUCAGGACAAACAUUUUAGUGGUUCAGAAACGGGUGGGAAUGAGAGACUAACUGAUGUGAUAAUCGCACAAAUAAUGUCUGACAAGGGUUUGGGACCCAAAAUAUACGGUCUCUUCGAAAGCGGACAAAUCCAGAAGUAUUACAAACACACAUGUUUUCGAGUGGACCAACAAAAUGACCCAAACCUAGUCCAAGAAUUGGCACAAAAGUUGGCUCGAGUUCACUCAACUUCGGUUCCCAUAAAGAAGUUCUCGAAUUGGAUUUUAAAUUAUUUCCACAACUUUUACUCCGAAGCGAACUCACGGUUUGAUUUGAAAACACUUUACGAAGAAUGUAAUUGUGAGACAUUGAAGACACACGACUUGAACACAGAGUUAGAGUGGCUCAAGAAGUUGAUCGUCGAAACAGAUUCUCCGGUGAUGUUCACUCACGUCGACUUCAGGGGCUCUAACAUUAUGGUCACCGAAACGGAUGGUAUAGUUUUGUGUGACUUUGAGUACUCGUGCAAUGAUUACCGGGGCUUUGAUUUUGGGACAAUAUUUGCUGAAUGGGGCAAUACUUUUGGCAAACAUCAUGGUACAUUUACUGACGAUCACAAUAUCAUACCCUUUAUUGAGUCCUAUAUCGAGGAGUCGGUGAAUAUUGUCGGCCAAGACUUUGCCAGAGAUGAGAGAAAUUCAUUGAAACAUAUUAUGAAAGAAGUGAAAGUGUUUUCAUUAGUCGCGUAUAUGUUUAUUAUAUUGUUUACUCUUCGUAUGGAUAACGCUAUUAUUUCAGACAUGCCUUUCGAUAAGAAAAAAUCAAUGGCGACCCCCGAAAAUAUUUAUAAGGAGUACAUUAAUCACAAAACAAAAUUCAUCAAGGACAAUAUAUUUAACUGAUUACUAUACAUUUUAUAACUACUAAAGCAAUCAA